AUGGGUUGGCCACAUGCAGUUGCCCCAGCCUUGAACCGGAUCCAAGCGGCAAUCGGUGUAUGUAGUAGGAGAAGACAAAAGCAGCCAGAUACCAGUACCUAA